AAUACAAUCCAAGCCCGUCCGGGGCUGCUGUCCGCCAUUUUUGUGGGCCCGAGCUAUGACGGUGCGGACGUGAGAUUUCUCAGCGCGGUUUACUGUUCAGAUCGGCUCAAAUAAAUUUGUAAAAGCGAUUCAAAAAAAAAAAAAAUGACGAUCUGUGCGGUGAACGGGUGUUCGAACAGAAGUUCGCGCCGCAACCCGACGACGCCGAGCGUGAGCUUUUACUGUCUGCCCAAAGUGAUCAGCAACCAGUGCGAUCGGACCCGCCAGCUUUCCGAAAAGCGUCGGAAACUGUGGCUGGAAAAAAUCAACCGGCGCGAGCUGUAUUUCAAGAAGGAUAUCCGGAUCUGCAGCGUCCACUUUAUCUCCGGAAAGCCCGCCUACCUGAUGCACGACAGUCAUCCCGAUUGGCUGCCCUCCUUAAAACUCGGCCGAGAAGACGGCCCCAAGCCGUCUCGACCCCGGCGAGCGAGGAAAGUGCAAAGCAGGAGGCAAGAGGAAGCUGCGGAUGAAAAGGAAGUUGGGGAGGCCACGGAAGUUGCAGGCAACAACCAGGUUGCGAGCGAGAGAGUUUCAAACAAAAACAAAAUUUUGAGCCACAAAAAAGUUUUGAGUAACAAAAGGACUUCGAGCAACAGACAAGUUAGGAGCAGGAGAAAUGUUGUGGGCAAUGUAAAAACUGCAAACACCGAAGUGGCUUUGAGCAACAGGCAAGUUAGAAGCAACAAGAGAGCUGCAAACGUCAAGAAGGCUACGGGAAACAGGAAAGUCGCAGACGAGAAAGAAGUUGCAGAGGACAAGGAGGUUGCAGUCAGCAAAGAAGUUGCAGCGCAAGGCUUGCUGGAGCUGGCGGGGAUGCGAACGAGAGAAGAAACAGGGCUGUCAGCUGUUCAAGAAUGGCUGAAGCUUUACGAUGGCAAUGUGGAUAUGGAACAAGAAACAGGCGUAGGCACCCAGACCACACUGAAGAUACGAGACAUUGUUGCGCUGGAACUCGAGUGCCGCAACCUGAGGAGGCAGUUGCACGAGUUGCGAGAGAGGAAACCGACUUCCAGCAGUGGUUGAUGGGCGAGGACUCGUGCAGCCAGCAUUGGGUCGACAUUUUGAUUUGCUCCAGGCUCCAUAGUGCUCCAUAGUGGCAGUGUUCUUUUAAAGGACAACUCCACUCAAUUCUUCAGGAUAAGUGAUAUCACAUUAAGAAGUACCGAUAAAAGGCACUACAUCCUUUGCUUCAGUAAAAAUGAGAAAUAUUUUGUGAAAUCUUACUUUAAACGCGAGCAGAAACCGAAGCCAAAGCUUUGCCUCUGUCGGGCAACAUUGGCCUUGGGCCUUUAAAAAGGUGGCUUCUGUGUGGUAUAAGCAGUCACGUGAUCCUCUAAGUGAUGACGGGCAAAAUCGGGGUGGGCCAUUAUUAGGGCUGAUGUGUGCAAAGCGCAAGUGUCCUCUGCACCGCAGUCUGCAUCACGUUUCGGUGUCUACGAUAUCCGACGACAUCUGCACAACUGCGGCAUUGGUCUGUUCACGUAGUGUGAUUGAAACUCCAAGAGACAAUUAUCAGAGCCGGCGAGGCGACGAGACGACGGUGCUCGGAAGACGACGGGACGGCUCCCAAGGCUGAGAAGUGCGCUGCGCAGGCGCGUCAUGCCAGUCACGUGGACACCGCUGAGCCAACGCAAUUGGUCAGUGCCAAGAGGAGACGCUGCUCACGUCGCCUGUUACGCUCACUCGGAAAAGCAAAAACAAGCAAAACGUAGUAAUGUCGAUGACGUUUAGCUCAAUGUCAACAACACCAACACCGUAGCCUCGACUGCGCUGUUGAUCACGCCUCAAUUCACCCGCCAGAGUCGGCCGAGUUUGGCAACUUGUCGUGUUCCAAAGUUUGCCGGACCGAAGAUACAUUUAGACAGAACUAUGUCGUAAUAUUUUAUGUGCGGUGUUUCUAGAUGAUACUAACAAAAGCUGCGUUUUUUUGUUUGUUUUUUUUUUAAACAAAAAAGAAGUUGAGUUGUUUUUUAAUGUAUUUGUUUUUAUUGUUAUUAAAGAGAAAUGCAACACCUGUGCCAUGGAA